GAAUAUCGAGAGCCAACAUCAUCUUCUUGAUGAAAAGAAAAGACAAACGGAAGGUCAACAUAUGAUUCUUUUCGAUAUAUCGAAGAUCAAUAAUCGAUGUUCGAUGUCAGAUGUUUUCUUUUUCUAAUUUUAUUUGAUUUCCUUUUUUUUCAUUCGCAAUUGUAAUUGUCUCUCUCGAUUUUUCUUUGUUAAUUAAUUGUACACAAUUAAAGUGAUUUAGGUGAUUGGCUUGUUGAUUGUCCUCUGGACUAUUCUCUUGAUUAAAUUGUUCACAACAAUUGGAUUGAUUCUUUACUUUAUCUUCACCAUUUUCAACUCAAAGUGUUUCUACCGAUUAAUAUAAAUCAGUCAACAAUAUGCCUCUUCCAAGUUUCAUCAUCAUGAAUGGUUCCAAUUUCCUCCGAUCUACUAAUCGUCUCAACAGUUUUACAAGAAAUUAUCCAACUAAUGUUCAACGAGCAGUUCAUCAAGCCGAAUUAUCAAAAAUUCUGAUCGCUAAUCGAGGUGAAAUCAGCUGUAGGAUUGCAAGAACAGCUAAACGAAUGGGACUAUUAACAACUGCAGUUUACUCUAACAUGGAUAGAGAUUCGAUGCAUGUUUACUUGGCUGAUGAAGCAAUUAACUUGGGAGAUUCACCAUCAGCUGGUAGUUAUCUUAAUAAAGUUAAACUGAUUGAAGCAGCUAAAAGAUGCGGAGCUCAGGCAAUUCAUCCUGGUUAUGGUUUUCUCUCUGAGAAUCCUGAAUUUGCUGAUAUGGUUAAUUCAUCUGGACUUAUAUUCAUUGGUCCACCGGCAUCAGCCAUACGUGAUAUGGGAAUUAAAUCAAUUGCCAAACAUAUUAUGUCUCAUGCUGGAGUACCGGUAAUUCCUGGUUACCAUGGGGAAGAUCAAAGUGAUCAAUUAUUACUAUCAGAGGCUGAGAAAAUUGGUUUCCCCAUAAUGAUAAAAGCAAUUAAAGGAGGUGGUGGUAAAGGAAUGAGAAUCUGUUUAGCUAAAGAGGAUUUUAUAACUCAACUUGAAUCAGCGAGACGAGAAUCACUUAAAUCUUUUGGUGAUCAAUCGGUUCUAAUUGAAAAGUAUGUUGCUAAUCCUCGUCAUGUUGAGGUACAGGUAUUUGCCGAUCAACAUGGUGACUGUGUUUACCUGUUUGAGAGAGAUUGUUCAGUCCAACGAAGACACCAGAAGAUUAUUGAAGAGGCACCAGGACCAGGAAUUGACGAUGAAACUCGAUCAGAAUUGGGUAAAGCCGCUGUUCGAGCUGCUCAAGCGGUUAACUAUGUUGGUGCUGGAACUGUUGAAUUUAUUUACGAUCCUAAAGAUGGUAAAUUUUAUUUCAUGGAAAUGAACACUCGAAUUCAAGUUGAACAUCCGGUUACUGAGAUGAUAACUCGAGUGGAUCUGGUUGAAUGGCAAAUACGAGUAGCUCGUGGUGAGACUUUACCCAAAUAUCAAGAAGAGAUUAAACUUCAUGGACAUUCAAUGGAGGCCAGAAUUUACGCUGAAGAUCCUGAGAAUAAUUUUAUGCCCGGAGCAGGUAAACUGGGGCAAAUUAAGUUACCUGAACAUGAAGAAAAUGUAAGAAUUGAAAUGGGAGUUCGAAGUGGUGAUGAAGUUUCCGUUCAUUAUGAUCCAAUGAUCGCAAAACUUGUUGUUUGGGCUCCAGAUCGAAAUUCAGCUUUAAUGAAACUUCGUUCAUCGUUAAGUAAAUUCAAUUUAUCGGGUUUGAAAACAAACAUCAAUUUCCUUCAUCGUUUAGCAUCACAUCCAGAAUUUGCUGCUGGUCGAGUUCACACCGAUUUCAUCAAAGAACAAGAGUCAACUUUGUUUACUAAAACCGAAUUACCUUCAAAGUUGAUUAACAUCACCGCCAUCGGUGUAUUUGCUUCAUCAGCUGCAUCAUCGUCGAUUUCAUCUUUACCCACCAAUGUGUUCAGUCCACUGGUGACCGAUGCCUUCAGGUUACACCAAACGAUGACCUCACAAAAAACAUUCACUCUCCUUUACAAUGAUGAAAAAUACUCUGCUGUGGUCAAGCAACAUGGACCAAAUGAAUACUCAGUUUCACUUAAUGGAUCACCUUUUGUUACACUUGAGGCUAAUUACGAUUCAUUGACCAACUCAUUAAGGGUCAAUGAAGAUGGAUUAACUCAGAAUUACAAAUUUCUUAAAUCAUCUUCAAGUCAGGUUGCCUUGUUCACUUCGGAUAAAGGUGGUUACAAUUUCGAGCUGGAAACCAAACCUCAUUAUCGGUCAACCGGAUCAACUGAAUCUUCCGAUGGAGCUGCUGGUGUUGUCGCUCCAAUGCCCGGUGUUAUCGAGAAAAUUUUGGUCUCCAAAGGUGAUACAGUCGAAACGGGAACACCGUUGGUCGUUAUGAUGGCUAUGAAAAUGGAAUAUAUAAUUAAAGCAAAGGUCAAAUCGAAAGUGGAAAGGAUCAUGUUCAAAGCGGGUGAAAAUGUUCAAAAAGGUUCACGAUUAGUUAAAUUGGUGAAUCUAGACGAUAAUCAAUGAUGAGGUUGAUUAAUUGUGAAAAACUAUUCUACCCAAAUGAACUUUUCAUUAAUUAAUUUCUAUCAA